AUGCAAGAAGCCGGCCGUGGAAUUAACAGUCAGGUUUUUACACGAGCUAUUUGCCCGUUUCGGGGUUUUCGUUUAUUACUUUCCUCUUUUCAACUUUUCUUUAUUAUUUUCUUUCUUUUUUUCUUUCUUUUUUCUUUCUUUUUUUCUUUCUUUUUUCUUUCUUUUUUUCUUUCUUUUUUUUCUUUCUUUUUCUUUGUGAACCACUUUUUUGAUACAUAUUUCCCUUGGUUUUUCUUUUACUACUACUACUACUUCUUUUUCUUCUUCUUCUUUUCCUUUUCCUUAUCUUCUUCUUCUUCUUUUCCUUAUCUUCUUCUCCUUCUUCAUUUUCUGUUUCUACUUCUUUUCCCUUUUUCGUGUUCUUUUUCUUUUGUCUUCUCUCUUCUUAACUUCGUUUAUUCCUCUUCCUCCUCCUCUAGUUUCCCACUUCCUUUUACUUUCGCCCCUUUCUUUUACUGUUCAUUAGCUGAUGGAACAACUCGCGCUCAAAUAUUUGCCAGCUCAAAGCAUCCGAUCAGAAAUGCCAAAACCCGAUCGCAUAUUAGCAAAUGCCGAAAACAAUCUCUCUCUCUCUUUCUCUCUCUCUCCCUCUCCCUCUCUCUCCCUCUCUUUAUCUCCCUCUCUCUCCCUCUCUCCCCUCUCUCUAUCCCUCCCUCUCUCUCUCUCCUUUGUCGCUCUCUCCCCCCUCUCACUCCCCUCUCCCUCUCUCUCUCCUUUGUCGCUCUCUCCCCCUCUCUCUCUCCUUUGUCGCUCUCUCCCCCUCUCUCACUCCCCUCUCCCUCUCUCUCCCUCUUUCUCUCCCUCUUUCUCUCUAUCUCCCUCUCUCUCUCUCCAUCUCUCUCUCUCUAUCUCCCUCUCUCUCCCUCACUCUCUCUCUCAAUUAUUCACUGCCAAUCUUUCUCCUUUUUCUUUUUUUAA